AGUUUUCCUCUGCAGAAUGGAUACAUAAAUAUUGAAAAGAACACAAGUUAGCUGCAUCCUAUUUUUUUUAAAACCUGGCAAGCUGGCUGAGCUAGAAUUAGCCUUACAGAUGGCAUUGGCAGCGUAUCUACAUAUCUCUAAGCCCUCACCUCCUGCCUUUUCUUUAGCCUGUCCAUCAAUUAAAAUACCCAAUCACUGCUCAGAGAUGGAAAAAGGGGUUGAUCAUAGCUCACACGAUCCUGUUUGGUUAAAAACGUCAGUACUGCACAACCCACGGCUGAGUCAGUGUCUGUGAGAAAUGAACUGAAUUAAUAUAUAGAGGGGGUUGUAUCUCUGAACAUUUAAAGCCUAAAUAACCGCAGCAUUAUUACACAGUAGAGGGAGGAAACCUAAAAGAAGUCUAGAUGGGUUAGGUAGGGAGAGCCUGAGAAAUUUCCCGAUUGUUCAGAGGAAUCUUGAAGAUAAUGGAAAUAUCAGAUGUCUUAAAGUUUCCUAGUAAUGCCCAAGGAUCCUGACCUGGCUUUCAGUGCUGCAUUGUAUGAAAAAGCAGAGUCCCUUUAUACUCUGAUUGCAAAUUUUUUUUCUUGUUUUUGUGUGUCUACCUUGGCAUGUACUAAAGGAAGUACCCCCUCACGUGUUGCUAAAGGAGGAGUGGACCACACCAAAAUGAGUCUACAUGGUGCCAGUGGGGGACAUGAGCGAUCGAGAGAUAGACGAAGGUCAAGUGACAGAUCGCGGGAUUCAUCUCAUGAAAGAACAGAGUCUCAGCUUACGCCUUGUAUUAGAAAUGUCACUUCUCCAACACGACAGCACCAUGUUGAAAGAGAAAAAGAUCAUAGUUCUUCUCGUCCAAGCAGUCCUCGUCCUCAGAAGGCAUCCCCGAAUGGUUCCAUUAGCAGUGCUGGGCAUGGCAGCAGAAACAGUAGUCAGUCAAGUUCAGAUGGCAGCUGUAAGACUUCUGGAGAGAUGGUGUUUGUAUAUGAAAAUGCUAAAGAAGGAGCACGGAAUGUAAGAACGUCGGAACGAGUAACACUAAUAGUGGAUAAUACUAGAUUUGUUGUAGACCCAUCCAUUUUUACUGCACAGCCAAAUACAAUGUUGGGCAGGAUGUUUGGAUCUGGCCGAGAACAUAACUUUACACGUCCCAAUGAGAAGGGAGAGUAUGAAGUAGCAGAGGGAAUUGGUUCUACUGUGUUUCGAGCUAUUCUGGAUUACUAUAAAACAGGAAUAAUCCGUUGUCCUGAUGGAAUAUCCAUUCCUGAACUGAGAGAAGCAUGCGAUUAUCUUUGUAUCUCUUUUGAAUAUAGUACUAUUAAGUGUAGAGAUCUCAGUGCCCUAAUGCAUGAGUUAUCUAAUGAUGGUGCUCGUAGACAAUUUGAAUUUUAUCUGGAAGAAAUGAUCCUCCCUCUCAUGGUAGCAAGUGCCCAGAGUGGUGAACGGGAAUGCCAUAUAGUGGUGCUUACGGAUGAUGAUGUGGUUGAUUGGGACGAAGAGUAUCCACCACAGAUGGGAGAGGAAUAUUCGCAAAUUAUUUAUAGCACAAAAUUAUAUAGAUUUUUCAAGUACAUUGAAAACAGAGAUGUGGCCAAAUCAGUGUUGAAGGAGCGAGGUCUUAAGAAGAUUAGACUGGGAAUAGAAGGUUAUCCUACCUACAAAGAGAAAGUAAAAAAAAGGCCUGGGGGUCGCCCAGAAGUGAUUUACAACUAUGUCCAAAGACCCUUUAUCCGAAUGUCAUGGGAGAAGGAAGAGGGAAAGAGUCGGCAUGUAGACUUUCAGUGUGUGAAGAGCAAAUCUAUCACCAACCUUGCAGCAGCUGCCGCAGACAUUCCCCAGGACCAGCUGGUGGUCAUGCACCCAACUCCUCAGGUGGAUGAGCUGGACAGUCUCCCGAUCCAUCCCCCAUCUGGCAACAAUGACCUCGAUCCUGACGCACAGAAUCCAAUGCUGUGAUGCUGAUGUCCCAUGAAACCAUAGCAUGCUACUCUUCACAGUGACGUUGUACGCUCCUCAUUCUGCACUGCAGGGCCACUCUUCUUCAUUGUAAGAUGCACAUAACAUUUAGCAUAUUGCAGUGUAGGCUUUUUGAAAGACCAAAGGUAGCUGAAUGGUUUUUUAAAUGAGUACAACUCUAGCAUCCUGAGGUUCCAGUUAUAUAAAUGUUUUGUUUACUGGUAGGUUUGUGAAAUUGGUUCUUUGUAUGGGGACAGUCCUUUUUCACACAUCCAGGUCUUCUCAGAAGUGGUCAGAAAUGGCAGCUGGUACUUUCUGUCUUUUUAGAUUGGUAUUUGUUAUACUCCAGAAAAAAGGCAGAAAAUUAUAGUUGCACUUUAUACAUGGUGGUCAAAUGGAAGUGUUAAAGCCAUUUUAUAGUUGUGAUGCACAAUAUAACUUAAAUAAGUGCUUCUAUCAAAGUAUUCCUUCAGUAAAAUGUGUAUAGUUUGCUGCCCAUGAUAAGCAAAAAACGACUAUUUAUCUUGGGCCUAUCUGGGUGAUUAGGAGGAGCGUGGUGCCCACGUCUGAUCAGUUCACCAUCUCCAGUGCCAUUUCACCCUUUUAGAGUGAGCCACACUCAAGAGUGUGGACGUCAGAGGUGGCUUAUGAUCCAGUCUGCCUUACCCUUAAUCUGUUCACAGAUAUUUAUUUACUAAUACUUUUUCUUUCCUGAGAGUUAUGGAAUAGGAAAAUGAAGUGUUUGCUCUUUAUUUACUAAAUGAUUGUACACUCGAGUUUUUCAUCAAAAUAAAAUUCCAUUGUUUUAAUGUUUCUGACCAA